AUGGCCUCGUCAAGCACUCCGGUGAGAAGGAUGAUGAAGUCGGAUUCAAACGUGAAGCCAUUGACCCUGGAUGAUAACCAGGUCUUGGGAUUGGUUCACGAUUGCUAUGUCGUGAACGAACAUGGUGAAACCUUUGAUUCAGAGGCUCUUUUCAGUGUUGUUUCUGAUGUUAUUAUUCGUUCACUUCGCACUUGUGAUCCCAGCAUAAAGUAUCAUCCACUAACGGAGGUCGACAAGACUUCCCUUUCCAAUCUGGAGCCACCGAUAUAUUUACUCAAGGAUUUUGCUUGUCAGAUGAGGAAGACAAAAUGGCAUGCACACCACACAAACGAGCAUGAAACAACAAUGUCGAUACUAAGAACUCUGGACUCAUAUUCGUGGUGUGCAAAAGCAGUGACAGCACUGGCAGCUUUUGCUUUGGAAUAUGGCAUUUUCUGGCACCUUUAUGAUCAGAAGAUUCUUUAUCAAGGACAAGACAGCAUCGGAAAUUCAUUGGCUGUCUUAAGCAGUGUUCAUGCCGUUGACCCAAGCGACCUCUCCCACUACAACCUUGUGGUGAAGCAUGUUUCAGAGACCGUUGAUUAUAUUGUUGCGUUGGAGAAAAUGUCAAAGCAAGGCUAUGACGUUAGGGACAUUCGAACUUUGGAAGAAGCCAUCCAAAACUUUCCUGUUUUCGUUUACUGGAUCGUCCUCACCAUUGUUAGUUUGGCUGCUCACAUGGAUAUUCUCUUGGGUUAUACGAGCAGCUAUAAGUUAUCCGACAUUGGCAACAAGAUUUCCAAGAUUUCCGACAUGCUAAGCCGUUAUCUAGCCCAGAUAAAGAGAGAGAUAGAAUUCAUAAAAGAAUAUCAAUUCCGCUAUAGGAUAGUGUUUCAAACUCCCAGAGAAAUCUUACAGGUCUUGAAGUAUCUGCUUUUCCCCAGAGAUGUGAACGAUCCACAUGUCUAUGAUGGCUACACUGGAUCAAUGGUGAGCUUCAAGGUGUUCAGGCAGAAGCACGUGGUCUUGUUCCUUUCUGGGUUGUACAGCAUAGGAGAUGAGAUUCGUCUGUUAAAAUCCAUCCAGGAAGGACUGAAGAAAGAUCCAAAAGUGAUAAAAGGAUUCAGAAAAGAAGACUUCAAGAUCCUGUGGGUCCCAAUAGUUGAUGACGACGACCAAGUGGGAGACAAUACAAAGAAGAGGAAACAACUGUUCGAAGACUUAAAGAGACAAAUGGAGUGGUACGUGGUGGACUACUCCAUUAUUCCUGCAGUGUGCAAGAACCUUGUCAGAGACAGAUUCAAGUACCAGAAUAAGCCUAUGAUUCCUGUGUUUAAUCCUCAAGGUGAUGUCACUAAUGACAAUGCCUCGCACAUGUUGUUCUCUUGGGAUAUCCAAGCUUUCCCUUGGGGCAUAAACGAUGAUGAGCAUCUUAUCACGAAAUGGAACUGGUUUUGGAGCCAAAUGAAGGGACUCAGUCAAGAAAUAGAGACUGGGAGAAAGGCAGAAGCUUACAUUGUCAUCUAUGGACGCACUGACGUCGACUACUGCGACAACCAGUGGCUGCUGAGGAUCCCGGCGGAAUUGGAGAAAGUGAAGAGGGACGAGAUAACAAAAAGAUCAGAUGUGGUCAUAACUUACUAUCACCAUGGCAAAGAGGAGGAUGACCUGAAAAUCGUUAAUGGCUUCUGGGCUAACGUGGAGAACUUAUUCUACAGCAUGACGAGGAAGAAAACCAAAGACCCUUCCUUCGAAGAUGUUAGGAACUUCCUCGGACUCCGACAAGAACAAACCGGUUGGGUUCUUGUUAGCAAAGGUGAAAACGUUAAGCUGCUUUGUCGUGGUGAUACAUUUUAUCAGACACUCAAAGAGUUUGAUGCCUGGAAACUCAACAUUGAAAAAGAUCCUGGCUUUGAUGUGUCCUUUAACAGACACUAUCGCAAUGUUUUAUCCAAGCUUCCCCCUCCUGCAAAUUGUCUUCGUUUGGACGUCAAGAACCAUGCCGGUGAUAUCUCCUCUCCAAUCUAUUGUAUGUGUGGUCGUCCCAUGAACAUUAAGUUAGUUAGAUAUGUGUGCUGCCAUGAAUACAAGGAGGAACCUGUGAAUGCCAGAGCCAGCGAUGUUAAGGGAAGUUAG